UUUACUUUGUUUCUCACACAGGCCAUGGAGAGUAAACUGCUUGUUGGAGGGAAAAACAUAGUAGAUCAUACAAAUGAACAGCAGAAAAUCCUGGAGCAGAAACGGCAGGAGAUUGCAGAGCAGAAACGUCGAGAAAGAGAAAUUCAGCAGCAAAUGGAAAGUCGAGAUGAGGAGACCUUGGAGCUUAAAGAGACAUACAGCUCAUUGCAGCAGGAGGUAGACAUCAAGACCAAAAACCUCAAAAAGCUCUUUUCCAAGCUCCAGGCUGUGAAGGCUGAGAUCCAUGACCUCCAAGAAGAACAUAUCAAGGAGCGCCAAGAGUUGGAGCAGACUCAGAAUGAGCUCACCAGGGAGCUGAAGCUCAAGCACCUUAUUAUAGAAAACUUUAUCCCCUUGGAAGAGAAGAAUAAAAUUAUGAAUAGGUCCUUUUUUGAUGAAGAAGAGGAUCAUUGGAAAUUACAUCCUAUAACCAGACUGGAGAACCAGCAAAUGAUGAAGCGGCCAGUUUCUGCUGUAGGAUACAAGAGACCACUGAGCCAGCAUGCACGAAUGUCCAUGAUGAUUCGACCAGAGCCCCGGUACCGGGCGGAGAACAUCAUGCUCUUAGAGUUGGACAUGCCCAGCCGAACCACCAGAGACUAUGAGGGCCCAGCCAUUUCCCCCAAGGUCCAGGCUGCUCUGGAUGCAGCUCUGCAGGACGAAGAUGAGAUACAGGUGGAUGCAUCAUCCUUUGAAAGUACUGCAAAUAGGAAAUCCAAGGCCAGGCCUAAGAGUGGCAGGAAGUCAGGAUCUUCCUCCUCCUCCUCAGGAAACCCUGCAUCUCAGUUUUACCCACAGUCUCGGGGAUUGGUUCCCAAGUAACACCAGCACCUCCUCCCAGGGGAGGAACAGCAUUGUCUUCUGAGAAAAGAGUGAGCACAAACUGCGGAGAUGAUUUGAGCCUAAACUCAGAACCAUUCCCCUGAGGAGAAGUGAUGGCCUCUUUGCAGAGUAGCCAAUAGUCUGCCUGAACAUGCUGGUCCUAAUCUGGUACUCAGCUCCUCUGAGAAACAUCUUUUAAUUAGCAGCUCAGAAAUGCAUGGGUAAGGUAAAGUGCAAAGUCCAAGUGGACAGCAAGAGAAUGACCAUGACCUUGUUUUCCUCCUUCCUCUCCUCUCUACCCUCUCUUCCUUUCCUCUCUCCUUUUCUAGCCUCUUCCUCAAAUCCAGCUCCUUUCUUAUUAAACAGUACUGAGUCAGGGGUCCCCUUCAAACUGUAUGUGUGGCAUCUCAGGUUAAAGUAACAGUGAAGCUGAAAAGUGAAAGCCCUAGAACUUGAAUAGGUACCUGUUCUUGUCAGGAGAAAGGAGAAAUCUCACUUGGAUCCAAGCCCAGGAUGGCACAGUCAGCGAUCCAGUUUCCCUGCUCCUGAAUGACAUUCCUUUUGCUUCCUGGGAGAGUUUGGGGAACCAGUUCCAUUAAAACCUCAAAACCAUGACCAUCCUGUCUGUAAACCAGUGCCACGCCCAUCCGCCAAGUCACUUUACCCUCCAUUUGUCACCAUGUUUCCCCAAGUAUGCAUACUCUGAGUGUACUUAUGUUAGAUGCACCUUUUGCUUACAAAGUGUGCUUUGCAGCUGGCCUACAUUGUAGGAGAAGGGAGGCUGGCUCUGCCUUCUCUGAUGGAACUAGAGUUGGGGAAAGGUGACAGGAAUCAGGAAUGGCACUUCUGAAUUCCCCAUUUGGUUCCAGGCUACAGAGAGAGCAGAAAAGUAAGCAGAUAGAUGCAGAGGUGCAGAUAGGUGACUCAAAGCAGGGGGAGGAGAAGACAGGUGGAAGCAAAGGAAUCCUGGCUGCCUUCAGCAGAGAAUUCGCCAAAUCCUACACAUGUAGCUCUCCCAGGUGGAGCCCAAGGUGCCGGCAAGGAAAGGCUGUUUGAAUAGGCUCAGAGGAGAGAGUUCACAGUUCCCGUUUACAUAGACUAGUUUGGUUGGUAAGUUUUAGUUCUUUGUAUUAUGAUGCUUCAAAGCUUUAUGUUGGUCAUGAGGUGACAGUUACUCAUUUUACCCCCAAGAGAAGCUCAUAAGUGUAUAUGAGUGUGUGAGCACAGUAGUGCUUGUGCUUUGAGUGUGUCCAUGUGUGUCUGUAAGAGACAGAGACCAAAAAAUUGCCCAGUUUAGAAAUACUCUAAUGUGCGGUUAUUGCCUUUGUCUGUGUAAAGGCCCACGGAAUGACUAAUCUAGGCUGGAAGCUCUCCCACAUGGGUGUCUGAGUCCAUGAGCCAAGACUGAGGGGACAGUCUGAGUCCCCAAGUCUGCCACACUGGCACACCUUGCUGACAUGGUGUUCCAGGAAGGUGGGCCUUGAGUUAGGUGGGCCUUGAGUUAUAUUUUAACUCAGCUCUUAGUCUCCAGGUACGUUUCUGGAUCAGGGCCCACGGGAAAGAGGAGGUACCAAGUGCAAUGUCUUAGCAUUCUACAAAAUGGAGAUCUGCAGCAUAAACUUAUCUCCUCGUUACUGAGCAUUCUUUCUGAACCCAGGGCCCUAUUCAGCAGUUCUAGGGUGUAAUGGGACCUAUCCUCAUCUUUUCAUGGGCUCAAACCCUGCUUCUUCCUUAUGUACUAAGAAUGUACCUGCUUGAAUAGGAACUGAUGAAGAGAUGUGUGGUCUAAGAUGAUUAUCUGCUGGAGAGAAGUGUCUCAGAACACAUUUCCUCACAGCUAAUCUGAAUUCUAUAGGCUAAAAACAUUCAUGUAGCAAAUCUAAGAAAUGAAAACUUCAGAUGAUACCAUACCUUAAUAUUGGUAUCUUGAAAAGCUAAUGUGACAAGGGAAGGUGGUUAAAUGACACACAGAACUUUUCCAAGAAGGCAGAAGAAGAAAGCCAGACUGACAGGCCUGGCUAUUAAAGCAAGCUUGCCUUGUCCUCAGCCGUUUUCAUCUAGUGGGCUAUGGAAACUAAGCAAAAGGCCACCCAUGUGGAGAUGGAGCUGUCCCUUCCCAAGCAGUCUCUGGUGCUUCUCUUCUCUCAAAAUGGAUUCGACAAGUAUUUGAAUAGAGCAGAUGGUAAAAUGUCUUGCCACCAGAAUGCUGCUGCUUUGGGUUCUUAAUUGAGUCAAAUUUGUAGAGGACAUACCAAACUCACUAAGGGACCAAAUUUUUAUGUCUGUAGUCAUCUAGAAUGUUCUGGGAUGGAAGGCCUUCAUGCCUGCAGCAGCUACUGAAGUCUAAAAGCAAGUCUUUAAAACAGUCUAAGACCAUCUGGGAGAAGUUUGAGACUGUGUACACAACCCUCAUUAGACUCUUUUAUUCUGCUCAGUAGAAUGUAUUUGGCUUCAUAUUUUAAGAUGACACAAUUCCCAGACCUGUGGAUUCAGAACCCAAGGCCACAAAUCAUGGGCAUGAAGCACUUUCUUAAGACUGACCUAACGUUGAAUUGCUCCCUGUCUGAUGCCUGCAUGUUGCUUGGAUUGCUCCACCCACACCUCCAUAACCAAGGGCACUAAACACUCAGGCAUGGGCUGCUCUCUGCUCUUCCUAUCUGACUCUUGUAAGUCCGUCCUCACUGAAUGUAGACUUGUUGCCAAGUUUCUGAGAAGUGUUGAUUCCCUGCUAACAUAGGCUAUCAGUUCUGCCUCACAUUUCACACUCAAAUUUGAAGGGCACUGUGAACACCACCUUGGUCCAUCCAGACAACCAUCAGUGGAUGAAAUUGGGGCUACUAAUAAAUUCUAAAAGCCAUAAUGAAAAAGCUGAAAGGGAACUAGGUAAGGAUACCAUGCCCGACAAUUGUCUUGUACUGCUCAGAAUCUGGCACCUUUCUCUCUGCCCUUGUGUUUUGAAUGAAAUGCUUUUGGGGUUAUUUUUGAAAGGAAUGAUUGUGGGCAGGCAGGAAGUGGUAGGCUUUAUGUCUCCUUGAGUUACUAUUGGUCUUGACCUCCUUUUCGGCUAUCUUUAAACAAAGAUAUAUGCCAAUACUUGGGGCUCUACGUUUUACAAUUGAUAUUUAUUUGUAUUAUCUCUUUGUCUAGCAAUGUAAAGUGAUUCUAAACCAAGAUGUGAAAUAAAAUUGAUCAGAUUUAUUGUA